AUGUUUCAUAACCAAUCAGAUAAAAAUUUAUUACCAACUUAUAGACUCUUUUUCGAUGAUAUCGAAGAACUUUUCCUCCACACGAUCUCGCUUCGUAUGCUUCAUGUUUUAAUCAUCUCGACUGGACUCUUCGCCAUUGGAAUAAUCAUUAUUUUACUCUCGCGAUCGACGAAUGUUUAUCUAUCUUAUCUCAACUCCUUCCUGUAUGCAGUAACUUUCUACGAUCUACUUCAAUUAUUAUCCUUAGUUGCACUGAAAUACAACUCAACCGAGCAAUUCUAUAAUCAACUUUGCCGUUGGCCAUACUACUUGAAAUCUUCAGCUGAAUCGGGUCAAUGUUUAACAUUGAUAUUCCUGUUUGCUUUGAGUCGUUAUCAUAUUCGAUAUUUCCUCACCCAUAACCUUCUCCCGAACACCAAUCGAAUCAACUUUCGUGCCUUGACAUUUGUUUGUCUUCUCUUCAUUGUCUAUGAUAAUAACUGGAUAACGCAUUUAAAACUGGAGAAACUUCACUUAAUCACCUUGAACGAAACGAAAUACGAAAUUAACAUUCAAGAAAUACGCUUAUCAUUCUAUGACACGUCCAAUGUGGAACUUCGUUCUCAUGAUCGUUUCAUGGCCGAUCUUGAUCGAUACUCUCGAGGUGACGAACGAACAGCAAUUAUAUCGAAUUCUCACAAUCAUUCAAAUGAUGAACUCUUUGAUAAUCAUAAAGAUGGUUCUGGUAAUGAAAUUAUAAUUAAAUUUCCAUAUGAUUUGUUUAAUCCCAUCAACAAUCGAACGAAGAGAACUAGACGACAACAAAUAUCGACUAACGAGAAGAAAAAACAUAGUUCUUAUCGAAUCAAUCGUUGUACAUACGGACAGAAGAAUUUCUAUCUAUCGAAUUUUCUUUCGCUAGUUCAUUCACUGAUUUAUUUCAUUUUACUAUCGUAUUAUUUAAUCAUUGUUCACACAUACAAGAUGUCAAAUAUGGAUACGAAUCAUCAUGAACAAUUGUAUGAAAAGUCUCGCUCCUUGGGAAGACGAAAAUCAGCUGAAUCUCAUAAACAAUCGGUAUUAAUCAUUCAACUGAGAUCAUUUCUUCGCUUAAUUACAUAUUCACAUAUAUUAUUAACUCUAACUCAUCUUUUCUACAUGUUUUCACUAACAAUUAUUCUUUGUUUUUGUCAAACACCAUUCAAAUGGCUACCAGUGAAGAUCUUCUUCAAAUCUCUUUUUCUUUUAGCCUAUUUUUCCAUUCCAUUACGUAUGUGCAUUCUAUUUAUUUAUCUCUUUCAACAUCAAUUUUCUGCUCAUAUACACUCCAUCUUUUUCUAUAUCUUCCGCACAAAGUUACGCUUUUCCUGGAAGCUACGCAAGCCGACCACAUGUUUUCGCUUACAGUUCGUUCCGUACAAGAAUGAUUACAGUCGAAAAGAACGUCUGAGAACUUGCCUGGUUCAUGAUUUGCCAUCCUCGAUUGAUGAAGAUCAACUGAAUAUCAUAUCGAAUGAUUCAGUUAUUGGCUAUGACGAAAAUAGUAGCGGAUAUAACGGUGUAACAACAAUUAUUUCUUCGCCAAUGACGUUUGCCAACGAAUCCUUAUCGAACACAUCUGUUAUUAUUAAACUGUGA